UUUUUUCCUUAUUGCUUCGCCUCUCUUCUCCUCUUCGAUUCAGCACUCUUCUAUUGAUCUGUUAACAAUGGCGGCAUCUGCUUCUUCCGCUAUCAAUCUCUCCAUCAAACCCUCACAUACCUCUCUCUCAUGGAAAACUCACCUCUCUUCUACCUCCGCCUUAGCCGUUUCUCCUAUCUCCGGUCACCGUCAGUAUCCGCGUUUCGUUAUCUACGCUGUGGGAGAUAAACCGACGGUUCUCGUAGCUGAAAAACUCGGUGAGGCAGGGGUCAAUCUCCUUAAGGAAUUUGCCGAUGUUGAUUGUUCUUAUAACCUGACUCCUGAGGAGCUCUGUAAUAAGAUCUCAUUGUGUGAUGCGUUGAUUGUAAGGAGUGGAACGAAGGUGAGCAGAGAGGUAUUUGAGUCAUCCGGUGGACGGCUCAAAGUUGUUGGACGAGCUGGUGUUGGUAUUGAUAAUGUCGAUCUUGCAGCCGCGACUGAGCAUGGAUGCCUUGUUGUAAAUGCCCCGACUGCUAACACUGUUGCUGCUGCUGAGCAUGGAAUUGCGUUACUCACAGCUAUGGCUCGAAAUGUUGCUCAGGCCGAUGCUUCCGUUAAAGCUGGGAAAUGGCUGAGAAAUAAAUAUGUUGGUGUCUCAUUAGUGGGCAAAACACUUGCUGUGAUGGGUUUUGGAAAGGUUGGAUCAGAAGUUGCCAGGCGAGCUAAGGGACUUGGCAUGCAUGUUAUUGCUCAUGAUCCAUAUGCCCCUGCUGAUCGUGCACGUGCCAUUGGGGUGGAGCUCGUUAGCUUUGAUAAAGCCAUUGCUUCUGCAGAUUUUAUCUCACUUCACAUGCCCCUUACUCCUGCAACUAACAAGGUCCUAAAUGAUGAAACUUUUGCAAAGAUGAAAAAGGGAGUACGAAUUGUAAAUGUUGCUCGUGGGGGAGUGAUUGAUGAAGAUGCUUUGGUCAGGGCACUUGAUGCAGGAAUUGUGGCACAGGCGGCACUUGAUGUUUUCACUGUGGAGCCACCAAAGGAUAGUAAGUUGGUUCAACAUGAGAAUGUAACUGCAACUCCUCAUCUUGGUGCUAGUACUAUGGAAGCUCAGGAAGGGGUGGCCAUUGAGAUAGCAGAAGCUGUUGUUGGAGCUUUGAAGGGAGAGCUUGCAGCUACUGCUGUCAAUGCUCCAAUGGUGCCUGCUGAGGUGCUUUCCGAGCUGAAGCCUUUUGUAGCACUGGCUGAAAAACUUGGUAGACUUGCUGUCCAACUAGUAGCUGGUGGAAGUGGUGUGAAAUCAGUGAAAGUAACUUAUGGUUCAGCUAGAGGACCUGAUGAUCUUGACACAAGAUUGCUUCGGGCGAUGAUAACUAAGGGAUUGAUUGAGCCUAUUUCCAGUUCUUUUGUGAACUUGGUAAAUGCAGAUUUCACAGCUAAACAGAGGGGACUGAGAAUAGCUGAGCUAAGAUCUCUUCUAAAUGGUUCUCCAGAAAGUCCACUCGAAUUCAUUCAGGUUCAAAUUUCCAGUGUGGAGUCCAAGUUUGCCAGUGCUCUUUCCGACUCUGGAGAGAUUAGAGUGGAGGGCAGGGUUAAAGAUGGAAUCCCCCAUUUGACAAAAGUUGGAUCUUUUGAAGUGGAUGUGAGCUUGGAGGGCAGCAUCAUUCUGUGCAGACAGGUUGAUCAGCCUGGAAUGAUUGGAAAGGUGGGUAGCAUCUUGUCUGAGGGGAAUGUGAACGUAAGCUUCAUGAGUGUUGGAAGGGUUGCUCCAAGGAAGCAUGCUGUUAUGGCUAUUGGGGUGGAUGACCAACCAAGCAAAGAGAUAUUGAAGAGAAUUGGGGAAAUUCCUGCUGUUGAGGAGUUUGUUUACCUAAAGAUAUAGGCACUGUCAGAUUUUGUCUAAAUUCUCUAUGAAGCCAAUUUUGGUAUUGUUGUUUUGUCUACAAGUAGGAUAAUGUAGGAUAGAAAAAUAAUUUGGAUGUGAAAUUACAAGUGUACUACAUUGAGUUGUCAAUUUGACAGUUUUUUGUGCUUCA